GCUGCCAAUUGGAUGGAUGGGAUAAAGAAUUUGCAAUUCUACAGAGCUUUGCACCCUCGGGACGUUCCGAAAAGCUCGAUCGGCAGUCACAUAAGAAGACAGACUCAGCAGCAUAGCAAGAUUCCAGCAUGGGAAAAUGAUCAUCAUCUGUUGGUUCUAACUGUGGAUUUGGAGAUGUGUUUACUGGAGGGAGGAAAUGUCAGUGUGUUUAGCAAAUUAGUAAAUGUAUUUUACUAACAUGUCAUUUUCUAAAACAUUUAUUCCUCCAGUCCUCAAGGACUGGUGUGUUGGAGUCUAAUAGACACACAGUUCACCAGAUUCCAACUCGGGCUGGGUUAAGUCAGCCCCUACGAAGUCAGUGCGUGGGCGGCGGCCCCAGACAUUUACCGGAAACCCUUUCCCUUCUUCUUCCUGGUUUAGUGUUUGGAGGUUACACGCUUUCGGAGCUUCACUGAAGGAAACGAGAAACAUCUGUCCCCUUCAGUGAUUCUGGAAAGCAUGGCACCUGUGUGGGCACAGAUUGCUGGAUUUGCCACACUACCCCAUGUUGGAGGUUUCUUUGGCUGGUACUUGACAAGGUCACAAGUGCCUACAUGGUUUGAUAACCUGAAGAAGCCAUCAUGGCGGCCAUCCAAUAAGAUGUUCCCUGUGGUGUGGACCACUUUAUACACGGGAAUGGGUUAUGCUUCCUACUUGGUGUGGAGAGAUCUAGGGGGUUUCACAAAUGAAGCACUUGUUCCUUUUGGCCUGUAUGGAACUCAGUUGAUUUUGAAUUGGACAUGGACUCCAGUAUUCUUUGGGGCGCACAGAUUAAAACUGGCCUUGAUCAAUAUUCUUUGUCUGUAUGGCACUGUGGUGGGCACGGUGGUAUCCUGGUACCCCAUCAACAAAAUGGCAUCACUGCUUCUGGUGCCAUAUCUUGCUUGGCUGACUCUUGCCUCAGCUCUUACCUAUUGUAUCUGGAGGGACAACCCAGAUAAGAAGGAGAAAUAAGAAAAGAGCUUCAAUGGAUGAAAUACCCAUCUUCAGUCAUCCUUUCAACCCAACUUGCCAUCGCCACAAAAGACAGCCUGGGUGUGGCGGGGCUGGGUGGGGUGGGUGGGGGAAUGACUUGCGGUGGUUGUUUUGUUUUACUUGUUAUGCUUAUUAACAAAAUAUGGAUUUAAAACAAAGGAAUGUUUUUGGCAGGUUUGUGUGUGUGUGUGUGCACGCGCGCGCCCAUGUGUAUGUAUUUGUGUGUGCGUGUGUAUUUGCACGCAUGUGCACGAAGCAAAGGUGAACAACCAGAAAAAGCCAGUCCAUGUGAAGCUUGUCCCUCUAAUACCCUAACACACUCACUGCAGUAUCGAGCUCCUACUGAGCAUCAACAAUGAAUUGCCUUUACUAUCUGCCUAUACAAUCUAUUAUUCCUUUUAUUGCUAUCCUACAUCAAUCAGACCAGAGACCCCGCCCACCAAAAUCUCAACAAGAAUACAGUAAUUAUUUGAAUAAGUUUGAAAAUUGGCAGAAGAUUAUAGAGAGAUGUGUAUGGGAUUGAUGCCUGGACAUUAAUGUUCUAACAUUAAAGUUCAGGCUUUGACCUAAUUAUCAGGGAGAGGGUUUACAUAUUCUGGUUAUAUUUUAACUAUUUGUUUGAUGUUUACUAGUACAACACAGCCUUGAAUUCAGUGUAAAGUUACUGUGUCCCUUUGUACUUAAAACCUCACCAUGGCGAAGCAGUCCACAUGUUCAAAAGGUUGUGCCUGCUUAAUUCUCGAGUGUAAGAUUCGGUGCAUUAGCAUAUGCUUGGAUUUUGAGUGUUGCUAUCCACUGGCUUCAUGCCCACUUAAUGAAUGUAUAAGCUUUCCAAUGAGCUUGGGCUAUUGUGUGUCGCAGUCAUUCAUGAACAUACACUCAAAACAUACGUUUGAUCCCACAAAUACCUAACCAUAAUGUGCAUGUCCUUUUUACUUCCUUGAUGUUGUUGCUGAUUAAUAUGUAACAUCUACACAGAUAAAUUCAUUACAAAAAUGAGGCCAUUGAUAAUGAUGUAUAUGUGUACAGUACAAUACCACCAUGUACAGAGCUAAGAUAAAUAGAUGUUUUUUUUUAAGCCUAUUGAAAAAAUAUUUUCCUGUACCAAAGAUAAAUUAAUUACGUUCUUUUUUAAAAAUAAAUGAAGGUACAACAGAA